GCCCGCCGGAGCGAUUUGCGUUCACAUUCGACGUUGAGAAGUGCCCGAGUGCGAACGGUCCGUGGCCCGCGUAUUCCCCCAGAGUUCGGUCGCGAAUGCAAGCUCGCUGACGAGUUCGCAAUUAAUCAGUGAAAACCCAAACGCGAGUGACUAGCAAAGGACCUCAGCGGUCCCACCGUGCGCGACAAAUCCGUCCGGGAAGUGCCUUCCGAGUGUUUACUUUCUAAAGUGAAGAUCGCCAUCGUCCGCGAGUGAAAUCUCAGAGUUUCCGGAGCAAACGGUGGGCAGUGGCGCGCGAGCCUGAACGUUACAAGUGCAAUCGGUUGCCAGUGGAUUUCGGGAAGCGGGAAAUUCUCCGUUUGGAGCCAGUGAAGUGCGUGAAAAUCGCCAGGACCAGCAGCUGCGUUCGAGUUGGCCUUCGAGGCAACCUUUUCGGUGCUUCCCGUCGCAAAAUAAACAUAUCUACUUUGGUCGGAUAGGACCUAACAUUAACCUGGAAAAACAAUGAAAAACGACUGGUAAUAACAAGAUCUGUGAAAGGAAAAUGACACCACACGACGUUCACCACUGAUUUCCAAUCAGUUGCAAUUAAAUCAUUUUCGUAUCCCAAUUAAUUAUUCAGAUCACCAUUUCGGAUCAUCAUACAAGUUGACGAAUGUCACUAAUAACAGCAACGGUCCCCAAGAGCAAUAAAUAAUGCAUCGCCUCACAUGGAAAUCAAGAAAAUUUUCAUUUCAAGCAAUCCAAUUGAUAAUACUGUUGACAACAAUAGUAACGAGCAAUGCGGGGGCAUUACGAACAAAAAGAGAAACCAAUGACCAACAUGCCACGACCACCCCACCGUCCAAAAUCGCCACAGAGUCGAAUCUGAUCAACGUGGACACAACUGAAUUGGAACAGUUGCCAAUGAUAGCCGAUCCAGAUGCUGCAAUCGAUAUUGACACUGAACCCUCACCGAUUUUUGCGAAAUCUACUGGUAUCGCUGAAGGGGAUGCAACACCAAAGUCAACAACAACGCAAUCGAAAAACUAUACGAAUUCAAAUGACUCCGCAACAGAAGCAGACCCAAACACAACUACGUCCGAAUAUGUUUCUUCGAGUUCCGUGUACGCGACUACCUUGUCAUCAAAUGAAAAAUUAACGGAUAUAACAACCGGGCAAACAGCAACAACUACCACAACCGGUAGUAUCCGAGUAAUUGCGACAAUGACACCUAAGCCGGCAGGUAGUUUACCAUUAACGACUUUGUUGCAAAAAUUAGAUACGAUGGAGACUACAACGGAGAUAGAAACUACCGCAAAGCCGUCAGUUUCUCCAGUAGAUGUUAGCCAAGUAUUUACCGUGCGAUCUAACGACACUGAGGAAAACACCACAAGCAUCACAACCGACAGCCCAAUUGAUUCGAAGACGAUUUCAACGACAAUGGCGAAUGAAGAAACGACCAUGAUAGCGGAAUCAAUGGUCGAUGUAAAUACAAGUCGACUGCCGACCGAUACAAAUGAACAAACUACCUCUCCAGAUAGAUUAGAAGACACAACAAUAAAGAACGAAAAUAUUGAGAUCGCCACGACCUCCCUCAAUCCGGAUGUAACAACAUUGGAACUGCAAACUACAACCGAUCUCUACCUUGACCUGAACAAUCAAUCGAUCAGCGACAUUACAACCAUCAGAGACACGAAAUCAAAUCAAGUAGAUAUCACAACAACAGACGCAAUGGUGACAACAAUGGAGGAAACAACAAUGAAAUCGGCUGUGGGGUCAGAAGUAGAUAAAGUCAAUUAUGACGUAGCAAUAAAUGAGAUUAAAAAUAAUGCCACAAUCGAGGACGCUGUCCCAAAUAGAGAAUCUGAACCACGUAACAAAUACGUAAGCGGAGAUGAAAAGUCGAAAGAACUAAUUGCAACAACAACUCCCGCUGAAAUCACAUCGACAAGCCUUAAAACUAAAACUACAAAAUCUCAUAAGUUUAUUGAGUCAGCAGAAGUGCUCAAGACCAAUGAUGUGGAGAAUUUGAAAAACAGCAACUAUACAUUCACCAGUACAGGAACAGGUGCCGCGAAUUCUAUAGAAAAUACUCUUGAAGCCGGUCAAAUAGAUGAUUCAGUAUUGAAUGAAAAAGAGAGUAAAGGCAAUCGGCCUCGAAUACCGGAAACGAAACAAGCAAUAAAGAUGAUCACCAGUACACCCACAAUAAGUGAUAUUCUGAUACCUUCAACUCCUUCAAUCGAAAAGAACCGAGUCGAGGACUUUGAAGAGGUGUCAUUGAAACCACGCCUCCAUUCUGAUGGUGACAAUCAACUGUCGACCACUGAAAAAGUACAAAAUUCAAUUGCAUCCAGUAUUGAACCUUCAACGGACAAAGAAAACAAAACGACCGAGGAUCCCGUAGACACAACCACAAAACGAAUUGAACGGAGUACCUCAGAACCAGCAGUUACGACAACAACUACCCAGAAAGUUGUGAAUAUUACAACAGUUAGCAGUAUUGUACCCUUAUCAGCUAUACCGAUAGACCGUGAAUCUGAAUCAACCACGGCUGCAGCUGAUGAGUAUAUGGAGCCGAAACGUGGCGUGCUAACUUCAACCGAGCAACAUAAUAUCGAUGCCGAUAAUAAAUUACUGACAACCCCGGUAGAAACUGUGAUAUUGCCUGAAACAACUUCAAGCUCAUUAACAAGCAACUCAGUAGCAACGAUUGAAAGCAGUGAAACGAACGCAAUUGUAACUAGUACUGUAGUUUCCGAAACAGUCCAGUUGACCUCCACUCUCUCCAAUACAACUCCUAUGCAAAGCGUGAAACAACUUCCAACAAAGCCGAAAAUGAAACCUAUGGCAACGAAGGAAACGCCUUCGCCUGCCACGAACGUGGUUCAUAUCGUUUCCACCGAACCGAUUGAAGAGUAUUCAAUCCAGCUGCGUGCAAACCAAAGUAAAGAACCAAGAAAUCCUCAAAUCUUUUCACCACCAUCUAUGCCAUCAACAGCAACAACUUCAACCGAGUUUCCUGUAACCGAGACAACCGAAAAGGUCACCACCAAUGAACCCAGCGGCGAAACCGACUACAACGUUAUCAUUGCAAUCUCAGUAAGCAUCGUUGGAAUAGUUGCACUCAUUCUGCUCGUUGGAUUUUUAUAUGUUAUGCGAAAACGGCAAAAAUCAAUCUCCUACGGUCAACGUUGUCGUCCCGUAAGUUUGGAUGCUUACAGUUUGGAUAACGUCUCCAUAUUCAAUAGCGUAAGACGGAAGGGUGCUUUGAGAGCGUCGAAACGAUCAUACGGAAACGCAGCAUUCGAUGACCCUUCGUUGAAACACAACUCAAUGUCCAUACAUGAACUGGCAAAGUUUGUUGAUAGGAAAAUGACUAUUCAUGAGGAGUUCAAGGAUGUCCCGCAAAUUAUAGCACGACCAGAUGAAGUACCAGCUGGAUGUGAGGACAAAAAUAGAUACGCUAACGUAAUCCCACUUCCGGAAACUCGAGUUAUUCUAAGCCGAAUUGGUAACGAUGAGAGGACAGAAUACAUCAAUGCAAACUUUGCUCGGGGUCCCAAAGAUCCUGCGAACUACUACAUCGCCUGCCAAGCACCUCUCGAGAGCACCGUUGGUGACUUUUGGAGAAUGAUCUGGGAGCAAAACUCUCGAGUGAUAAUAAUGGCAACAGACCUCAUCGAGAACGGAGUUGAAAAAUGUGCUGAGUACCUUCCGGCAACCAUGACUCUCGAUAACUACGCCGUCUAUGGGGACUAUCAAAUAACCCUAAAAAGCCGAGAGGUUAAAGACAAAUAUGCCGUUUCCACGUUGCAUGUUAAAAACAUUCCAUUGAACCGUUGGCGUGAGAUAAUUCACUUCUGGUACCAAUGGCCCGAAACUGGUGUGCCUAGUGACGAGGCCAGUGUGAUAGCAAUGCUUCUCGAGGCUCGAAGCUACCUAAAAAUGGGCACCCCGGAACAGUCGGAAGACGACGUGGACAAACCAACUACGGACGCCAACGGAGCCAGUGGCAGCUUAGACAAAACCAAAUCACUAACGAAAAAUCAAGGUCCAUUGACUGUACACUGUUCGCCGGGCACUGGUCGAACGGGUACGAUAAUAACCUGCGAUAUUGCCCUACGAAGCCUUGAGAUGCCCAAACGGAUCAUAGACAUCCCGCAGUUUGUGUACUAUGUGCGCCGUGGACGGGCCAGUGCAGUUCAAACCAAGGAACAAUACGAAUUUAUCUACAAAGUGGCGCACAUGUACGCUACGAAAAUUUCCGGACCAAUAAAUGACAACUAAAUUUAGAUAAUAUUAAGCACACACAACCGUGUAUGAUAGAAAAGCUGAAAUUGGUACUCUCACCUUAAUUGGAAUUAGUUGAUUAUGUUUUUUGUCCUUCAAGUGCGAAGCAGAGCAACACAAAUAGUUUGAUUUCAGUCUUGCAGUGGCAACCUCUCACCCUGGAAGUUGAGUUGUUACUGAUUUUCCAUUCCUUUAUUGCUUUAUUAAAUGAAAUUACUUCUAUUGUGAUAUUUAUUGUUAUUAUUAUUGUACAUGUUAUCGUAAGAACAUAUUGUAGAGAGCAUAACCCCGAGCUUGUCGAGGCGGUACCAAGAAGCAGAGAGAAA